ACCACACAGCAUAACACAACCACUCUGUUUACAGCGAGACUGUGACAAAAAAUAAUCUUCCGCUCAACUGAAGGUGGAUUUUGUUCCUGUCUUUGACCUUUUGGGCAAACUUUAAAUACGUGCCUUGGAUCUCUUUUUUUUUUUUCUUCGCAAAAUGCAGACGCAACUCGUUGGUGUGGGUUUGGCAAUCCUCGGCUUUAUUGGCACCAUCCUCAUCUGCGGACUGCCUAUGUGGAAAGUGACGGCCUUCGUUGGGGCCAGCAUCAUCACCGCUCAGUACUUCUGGGAAGGUUUGUGGAUGAAUUGUGUGAUCCAGAGCACGGGACAGUUGCAGUGCAAGGCCUACGACUCCGUUCUGGCCUUACCGCAGGACCUGCAGGCAUCCAGGGCUCUGAUCUGCGUCUCCAUUGCUGUCGGCGUGGUGGCCCUGGGGCUCACUGUGGUCGGGGCCCGCUGCACUAACUUCUUCUCACGCGACAGGUUGGCUAAAGCUAAUAUCGGCCUGGCUGGAGGUUUGGUGUUUGUUUUGGCAGGGGUCCUGUGCAUUAUUCCCGUCAGUCUUUCGGCUUACAGCACCAUCACAGGUUUCUACAAUCCCUUGCCCACCUCUGGGAGGAGGGGAGAGCUCGGGGCUUCAAUAUAUGUGGGCUGGGCGUCUGGAGCUCUGCUGGUCAUUGGAGGAGGGGUGUUGUGUAGCACCUACAGAUGCUGAGCGUGUGGCGGCAAAAAACCAAGGAAACAUUUAAAGAUGUGCAUCAAUAUGAUAACUGUGACGGACAUUGUUUUAUUUUUCUUUCAAAUAGUAAAAUAUUGACAUUGUAUACUACAUAUAUGUCAUAUAUGUAAACUAUAUAAUAGUGUGGCACAGUGUUUGGGUAAAUUGUACCUGUACCAGGAACUGCAGCUAAGUGAAGAAUAUUAAAAUGAAGUCUGGUUUAGCCAAUAAUUGUAGGAUUGUGAUGUGUUUGGAUGUUAAUAUGAUUAAGAGAUAUAUAAUGCAACAUUAUUGUUUUAAUAUGUGUAGAGCACUUUAUGAAUGGAGCAAGAAAACACAAUUUGAAGACCUGGUAAGGAUCACUGGUGUCAUGUUAAAAUAAUAAUAUUAAACAGUAUUUUUGCUAGUGACUCUCCAACAACACAGUUUUACUUGUUACAGGCCCUUAAAACAGUUUUGAAGGUAAACAAAUGAAGAAGGACUGGAAACCCUGGAUAAGCGGUGGACAAUGAUUCGAUAAAUUAAUGUAAAUGCGAUGUUUCAGGUGUUAUUAUUAGAGUUUAUACUAUAAACUAAAGCAUAUAAUCUGAGAAAAGAUGUAAUCUCAUCAAAAUCCCUCCCAAAAUCAUCAUGUGGGUGAGCAACAAUAAGAGGACUAACUAAAUGACCACAGGUGUUUCAGAUUGAUUAUUAAAUCAAAGAUGGGACAUUAGGCAUUUGAAAGAGUUUAUAUUGUACACAAAACAUUUAAUCAGAGGAAAGCUCCAAUUUCCUCUGAUUAAAUGUUUUUGACACA